UUCGUCCCUUUCAUGGAAAACAACAAACGGCAAUGUUCCAUCACUAAAGAGGGGGCAUACUGUCAAAUUAGUUAACUAGUGGGGGUGAAUUUGAUACUUCCAUUAAAUCAAGGGGGGCAAAGUGAUAUUUUCCCCAUCUCAGUUCCACACUUAGCGCCUCCCACAACAGAUUCAAAGUUCGAAGCAAAAAUCAAAAUGAGACCAGAAGACCUCCUCCGCCACCCUCUCCCCACCCAAACCCCCAAACUCACUUUCGGCUGCUCCCUCCUCGAUCGCCUUCUCGGCGGCGGAAUCCCCUGCCACAGUAUCACUGAAAUAGUCGCCGAGAGCGGCACCGGCAAAACCCAGCUCUCCCUCCAGCUACUUCUCGCAGCCCAGCUCCCCGCCUCUCGUGGCGGCCUCUCCGCCUCCUCGCUUUAUCUUCACUCUGAAUUUCCAUUCCCUUUCCGACGCCUCCACCAGCUCUCCCUCUUUUACAAAACGGACCUCCCCCACGACCCCUUGGAACGCAUAUUUGUUCAGCCUCUCCACUCCGCCGAUCACCUGCUUGACCUUUUGCCUCGCCUGGAUUUUCUCGUACCCAAGUUAAAUAUCAAGCUGAUAGUUAUUGAUUCCGUGGCUGCAUUGUUCCGGGGGGAGUUUGAGAAUACCCCACUUGAACUAAAGCGGAGAUCGAGUAUGUUUUUCAAGAUAUCGUCAAAAUUGAGGUUUUAUUCCCACAAAUUUGGAUUAGCGGUUGUGCUGACAAACCAAGUGGUGGAUGUGAUGCAGUCUUCGGAUAAUCUGAGGAUUGGGAAUUCGGCGUUUUUGUGCUCAUCUGGGAGGAGAGUUUGUGCAGCAUUGGGUUUGUCGUGGGCGAAUUGUGUGAACACAAGGCUGUUUAUGUGGAGAGAGGAGGGAAGAGUGGGAGAGGACUGUGAAAGUUUUGAAAGAAUGCAGACGAGGAGGUUCAUUCGAGUUGUUUUUGCACCCCAUUUGCCAGAUUCUUCUUGUGAGUUUGUAAUUAGAAAGGAAGGGGUUUUGGGGUGCAUAGAUGACAAUGGACAAAGAAAAUGAAGGUGGAGUUCUCACAUUGUAGAAUGACCCAUUCAUCAUGAAAGGAUGUUGAUUUAUUGAACAGAGAAGCCAUAAUUUUGAGUAGAUGAAACAAAGACGAAUGCCUGUUGCGGUUGUCAAUUGCAGACCACGAGACUGGAACAAUAUAACUGCUUUAUGUGUUGGAAGAUGGCCUUUUUAUGUCUGUGGAUAAUGUAUAGUUUAGAAUUAGAAGAAUCAUGCAACUUCUGCAGUCUGCCUCUAUGCUUCUUAUGGUUAUGCUAGAAAAUGGCAUGGGCCUUUGUAAUUCUUUCAAUUUUCAUAAUGUACUCUUUCAUGUAUAUUUAUACAAGUCAAACAUGAGCUACACUUUUGUUGAUGAUUCAUAUCAUGUUAUACAUAUCGCCCUUAGUCAAAAUUAUCAUUUUCCAACUGUCACUUCUACUUUUGAGUUUGCUACUCUACUUCAGGUGGGAUACUUUAGAAUAAUAUAAAGUUAAAACAUUUAUAUACUUUUAGUUUAGAGUGGGGCAGGUAGUGCAGAUGCCAUUAGACCUCAACACCAUUUUGGCUGCAUUUUUCUGUGGUGGUUGUGUGCAAUUCAUCAAUGCCCUAUUUUGUGGUUAUUUAAGUUCACAUUCCAAAUUAACAAGGCAGAACAAUGUAUAACUUUAGUAAGUAAAAACACCAUAGUUACAAUGACCUAUAUCCAUCAACACUAUUUACAUACACAUUUCAAAGCAGAAUGCCUCAUACACAUACCUUAAGAUAAGCAGUGGUUUGCUUCAUGAAUUGCAUUUGAAGGAAAUGAUACAUCAAAUGCUGUGUUCUAUGCUUUCUCUAUAUGUUUGGACAGGUUAUGUAGAAUAUAACUGAAUCAAUUUGCAGUUUAUUAUGAUUCAAAUUGUCAUGAGUUGGAUUCAGUAGGGAACGGAUCAU